UCCGAUGCCGGUGCCUUCCCCCCUGGGCGCGCCGCAGAAUAGCCGGGUCGGCCCCUUGAACCAUUUGCCAAUUGCACCGCGUGGCAUUCUGACACGCAAGGUGCGCUGCAGGCUGCAGUGGCGGAUAUGGGAUGAAAUGGAGAGUGGAUCGAGGUUCUUUGGGCCAAUCUUGGCCAUCUGGCGAGGGUCGUCCAUCCGAAACGGCCACAGGGACGCGCGGCAGGCAAGUCAAAUGUAGCGCGAGCCGCGCUGGAAUUAUUCCGCGACGCGUCUGCGUCUGCAUUGCGCGGCUCGAGAGCACAAGAGCCACUGCUCUGGGAUUGGCAGCGCGCUCGCACAGAAAGUGCCAAUGGCCACUGUCUCGUGAGGAAGAAGUUGUGGAAUCGAAUCUGGGGGCCAACGCGAUCAGCCACAAAUCUGGGAUCACCGAGACUGAGGCACGCAGGACGGGACAGCAAGCCUUCGCUGUGUUCAACGGGGUGCGGGAGGCGCGGUUUGGACCAAACAUUAUCGGAUCCCCCGUUAGGUUCUUCGAGCAAGAUAGGUCAGCUGUGGCAGCGGGCCCUGACGUUGCUUAGCAAGUGGUGGGAUACAAUGUUAGAGCUUGACAUCGUCAGCUGCAGCGAUGAUACCAUCGCGUCUGACACAGACGGGCAGUGGCAGCAAGCCUUGUCGCUGCUCAGCGAAAUGUGGGAGACGAGAUUUGAGCUGGACGCUGUCAGAUGCAGUGACUGGAUGAGUUCGUGCAGCGAAUGUGAGCUGUGGCAGCUGGCUUUGGCAUUGUUCGGCAAGGUGCGGGACAUGAAACAGGAGCCCCAAGUCAUCAGCUACAACGCUGGGAUCAGCGCGUGCAAGACAGGGGUGCAGUGGCAGCUGGCCCUAUCGCUGCUUAGCGAGAUGCGGCAGGCGCAGUUGGAGCCCGACGCAGCCAGCUACAGCGAUGCGAUCAGCGCGUGCGGGACCAGCGAGCAAUGGCAGCAGGCCCUGUCCCUGUUGAGCGAGAUGUGGAAGGUGAAACUGGAGACCGACGCCAUCAGCUACAGAGCUGGGAUCAGCGCAUGCGAGACGGCGGUGCAAUGGCAGCAGGCAUUGUCGCUAUUCUGCGAGAUGCGAGAGGCGAGAUUGGAGCCCGACGUCAUCAGCUACAAUGCUGGCGUCAAUGCGUGGGCGAGAGGCAAACGGUGGCAGCGGGCUCUGUUGCUAUUCAGCGACAUGCGGAAGGCGAAGUUGGAGCCAGACACCAUCAGCUACAACGCUGUCAUGAGCUCGUGCAACAAGGGGAGGCAGCUGCCGCGGGCUCUGUCGCUGUUCAGCGAGAUGCGGGCGGCGAGGCUGGAGCCCGACUGCAAGAGCUACAGCAUUGGCAUCAGCGUGCACCAGAAAGGCAAGCGGUGGCAGCAGGCUCUGUCGCUGCUUCGCGAGAUGUGCGAGGUGAAGGUGGAGCCAAACGUCACCCUCAGCUAUAGCGCCGGGAUUAGCGCGUGCGAGAAGGGUCAGCAGUGGGAGCAGGCCGUGGCGCUACUCAACGAGAUGUGGAACGCCAAAAUUGUACCCGACGUCGUCUGCUACAGUGCUGGAAUAAGCGCGUGUAGCAUCGGCAGGCAAUGGCAGCGGGCUGUGGCGCUGCUCAGCGAGAUGUGUGAGGCGACGUUGGAGCCAGACUUCAUCUCUUCCACCAUCUACGCAGUUGGACUCGGCGCGUGCGAUAAGAGCGAGCGUGGCAUGCCCUUGCUACUGCUGCUCAACGACUUGGGAGCUGAGCGGUAUCUUAGUAGCUCAGCGUCAAUUACAGCGCCGGAAUCAGCGCGUGUGAAAAGGGCGAGCAGUGGCAGCGUGCUUUGGCUCUGCUCAGCGAGAUGCGGGGAGCGAAUCUGGAGCCAGAUCUCAUGGGGCACACUCGUCAACUACAGCGCCGGAAUCAGCGCGUGCGAGAGAGGCGGGCAGUGGCAGCAGGCGUUGUCCUUGUUGUGCGGGCUGAGGAAGGCACAGUUGGAGCUAGAGGUGGAGAUGCACAGUGGCUCGAUCUUCAUGUGCGAGCAAGGUGGUAAAUCGCAGCACGCGUUGUCAUUGUUCAGGGAGUUGUGGGAGGGAAUGCGUUGAUACCGAAGGCCGUCACUUCAUUCUGCUACAACGAGGUGGCCAUCGCAUUCAACACAAUGUGGGAUCUGACAAGCGAUGCUCUAGGUGAUCGAGCUCAGCAAACACCAGCAAGGCAAUGUCUUGGCAUUGGCAGCGGGUUUCCCUUGGCCAGUAGUUCUAGCUCAACGAAUUAGAAGCUGAAUGAUGUAUGCUGGCAUGCGAAAUUGCAACUUGACGACGUACUCCCCACACGCAUGACGAGUAGGUCUGACAAACACUUGCGGAAGGACCAAAAGUUCAUUAAUCGAGUCGCAAUUGACCGAGUUUGACGAAAACCGGUUGGCCUCGAAGUUUGACGAUAUUCAAGUUGAGUGGAUUGCCCGAGCACGUUAAUCAUCUACGUCGUUAGGGUCAGUUUGCGCCAUGACGGCGGACAUUAUAAGUGUGCUUGGUUGCUGUUCGGUGACAUGUGGGAAGUUAGGUUGGGAUCAGCGGCGCGUGAGAGCUGGGCGAGCCGUGUCAGUGGUUUCGGCGCUGUUGAGCGAGAAUUGUGAGGGGAAGGUGCAGCUCAAUUGUCACGUCUCUCAUGCUGCCUGGCGCAGCGCGCGCGCGGAGAUUCAACAAAGGGAGAAGGCGUCGGUGUUGUUCGGCGAGAUGUUGGAAGAUAAGUUGGAGCCAACGUGAUAUUAGUUUGGUUUUGCAUCAGGUAAGUGGCCUGUUUGGCCGCAGGGGAUAUCCGCACAGCGCCCAUUGCCGACUCUCCUCCUCGCUCCUUCGCCUCCUCCUCCUUCCAGCCCGAGCCGGCCAAGAGUCUCACGAGUCUGAUGGCGGCGCGAUGGGAGUCGCACCGCGAGUUGCCGGGUGAGAUGUGAGAGGCUGGCUGAUCGGUGCGCUCGUCGUUGAGAACAUUCCUCCGCAGUGCCAGGAUUAGCGUAGCCGUACGCGGCGCUCCAGAGAGGGCCCCACGCCUCAAAGGGAUCGCAGGAGUUGGCGUUCGGAGCCGGUGUUGGGGGCACGGCAUGGCCCACCAUGCUUCACGAUCUAACAGUGGUUCGGGAGCGUUGAAGUCAAAUGCAUCUUGACCCUCUCGGUGACAGCGUGGGGCCAGCUGCGAGAAAGGGGACAGACGUCAGCGACGGCUGUCGCUGCUGUGGGAGAUGGCGGAGUUGGAGCUCGGUGUCGUCGGCUGCAGCGACGGGGUCAGUGUGUGCGGUCAGCGUGCGUGAAGGAGGUGAGGUGGACGGCGCCGGCGGGCGAUCUCGCUGCUCAUCGAGCUUUGCGACAUCAGCCCUAGACAGCUCCAGCGCUGGGACUAGCGGGUGCAGGGAGGGCGACCGGUGGCAGUUGGCUUUGGCGCUGGCCAUCGAGAUGCGGGAGGCGGGAGUGGAACACAGCCACAUCAGCAGCCGAGCUGAAGUCGGUGCGUGCGGUUCAAGGUGGCGCAUCGUGCAGCUGGUGUCGUGGUUUUGUAGGAGACGACGGGGUAGCUGAGCGGUGUACCUCAGAGCGUGAAUUACCUACCACGCUUUCGCUUCCAGGCAAAACCAAGUCAUACCACGCGCCUCCCCGUCAAGCGGCCUGACCAGUGUAGUUUGGCAUCGUUUGGUAUCUCUUGGAAGCGAGGG